CUUGGACGCCCAAAUACACUGUCAAAGCGCCACCGCGCCCUCUGCGUUCUGUCUCUCCGCCACCUGUUUCUGCUGACGUCAGAAGACGCUGCUGUUGCGAAUCCAUGGAAACCCUCCUUGCAUGUUCUUCUGCCGUUUCUCCACCAACCCAAUCUUACACUGCGAGAUUCUCUCCGCGGAAGCACCUGCGCGUCGGAAAGAAGUCGCCGGCGUUCAGAGUGAAAGCAGUAUCGGCGCCCGAUUCCGCCGUCGAAAACCCCGCGCCGGAGAUUAAAGAGGCUAUUAAACCCGUUUAUACCCCCACCCCUUCCAAUCGCCCUCUUCGAACUCCUCACAGCGGAUACCAUUUUGAUGGGACUCGUAGACAGUUUUUCGAGGGAUGGUUCUUUAAGGUUUCAAUUCCAGAAUGUAGACAGAGUUUCUGUUAUAUGUAUUCUGUUGAGAAUCCUGCAUUCACUAAGCCAUUGAGUGGAAUAGAGGAGGUGCAGUACGGGCGUCGUUUUACAGGAGUUGGAGCUCAAAUUCUUGGUGCGGAUGACAAGUAUAUUUGCCAAUAUACUCCAGAGUCUAAGAACUUUUGGGGUGAAAGGCAUGAACUGUCACUUGGAAAUACUUUUAUUGCCCAAACAGCUGCCAGGCCUCCAAAUAAGGAAGUUCCUCCUCAGGAGUUCAAUAGCCGUGUUUUGGAGGGUUUUCAAGUGACACCACUUUGGCAUCAAGGAUUUAUUCGUGAUGAUGGAAGGACGGAUUAUGCAAAAACCGUGAAAACUGCUCGCUGGGAGUAUAGCACUCGCCCCAUUUAUGGAUGGGGCAAUGUGGGCUCAAAGCAAAAGUCCACGGCUGGUUGGCUUGCUGCAUUCCCAGUAUUUGAACCUCAUUGGCAAGUUUGCAUGGCAGCUGGACUUUCAACAGGUUGGAUAGAGUGGGAUGGUGAGAGGUAUGAGUUCGAAAAUGCCCCAUCAUAUUCUGAGAAGAACUGGGGUGAUGGCUUCCCUAGAAAGUGGUUCUGGGUCCAAUGCAAUGUCUUUGAAGGUGCUGAUGGAGAAGUUUCUUUAACUUCUGGCGGUGGAUUAAGGCAAAUUCCUGGACCUGGAACAAGCGACAACUUUGAAAAUGCUGCACUGAUAGCAGUUCACUAUGGAGGUGUCUUUUACGAAUUUGUGCCAUGGAAUGGUUCUGUAACUUGGGAAAUUUCUCCGUGGGGCCACUGGUACAUAACUGCAGAGAAUGCGACACACAAGGUGGAACUUGAAGCAAGAACGAGUGACCCGGGCACAACAUUGCGUGCCCCUACUCAAGAGAUGGGUCUUGCUCCUGUAUGUCGAGAUACUUGUUAUGCUGACCUAAGACUGCAACUGUGGGAACGCCGCUAUGAUGGCAGUAAAGGAAAGGCGAUCUUGGAUGUUACGAGUAACAUGGCAGGUGUAGAAGUUGGAGGAGGACCAUGGUUCAACACAUGGAAAGGAACAACAAAUGCACCAGAGAUUCUCAAGCAAGCGCUUAACGCUCCAGUUGACAUCGAAGGGAUCUUUGGCCUGGUUCCGCUGUUUAAACCUCCCGGCUUAUAGUUUACUGGUACAUCGAAGGGUAGAGCUUUCGUAGUAUGAAGGAAGAUUAAAAGGUCAGUCGAAGAACGCCGAACACCUUUGCUGAACAACACCCUGUAUGUUUAGGUGGAAGGAUGUUGUGCAGCUUCUAUUCCAUGAUAUAUUCUUGAUAUAGCAUCCAUUGUCAGUUUAGAUUGAACAUUGUAAUGUGUUGUCUAGCCUAUAUCAUUUUCAUGGAUGAUGGAUCCCAUACUGCUCUAGAAACUCUACAGCUACAAGAGUCGGACAUAUUGUUGGUGACAGUAAUUGCAAAAAUUUCUGCAGAACAUCUUUCAGCAUUGUUA